UAAUUUUUGAUCUCGUAACCUAAAAUGAUCUAUAAAAAUAUAUGGACGGAAUGGAUGAAACAAAUACAUCAUUGUGGGUCCCACAGAGCACCGACCAUCAGCCAGUAGCCAAUCUGUUUCCUAAUAAGUGGUGGUGAACUAUGACCCUUACCUUAGUAUCUUUAAAAAGGUCGUAGGUAAAUUCUCUUUUUCAUCAUCUGGUGCGUUGUUAAAAUCGAAGUUGGAAGAGAGGAGAGAGAAUGGGUGUGGUGAAGCUGGCUAUUUUCGAUGGGCUCAUCACAUUCACGUGGAUGUUCUGCGUUUCCGGACUCGGCGUUUUGGCGUCCAUCAUAGCGUCAGCUCUCAAUCUGGACCAUCAUCUGGUGGGCCCACUCCCCAAUCUCGUUAUCGACACCGUUCUCAUUUCUCUCAUCGUCUUCUUCUUCACACUCCUCGGCCAGCUCUUGGGUGGCGCCAGCUUCAAUCCCACAGCCACCGCCUCUUUCUACGCUGCUGGCGUUGGUGGGGUCCACGACGACCUCGUUUCUGUCGGCCUGCGCCUCCCUGCGCAGGCAGCUGGGGCAGUUGGUGGGGCCAUGGCGAUCAUGGAAUUCAUGCCUCCACAAUACAAACAUAUGCUUGUGGGACCUUCUUUGAAAGUCGAUCAGCACACUGGGGCCAUUGCUGAAGGUGUCUUGACCUUCUUAAUAAGCUUUGCUGCCCUUCUCAUAAUCCAGAAGGGGCCCAAAAAUGUACUGUUGCAGACAUGUCUGCUAUCUGUUUCGACCAUGUCAAUGAUUGUUGCAGGAUCUGGUUAUACUGGGCCAUCCAUGAAUCCUGUCAAUUGAUGGUCAGGGCAUCUACAGCGUUAGGAUCUGAAGUAGAGUCAUCAAAGUAGAAAAGUGUGUAUAUGACCCAGUUACUGAUGGGGAUGAGAUGUAUGACUGUUUUGCCUUCCGAAGAGCAAUCAGAAACUCAUGUGAGAAAAGCAAAGGUAUCGAGUUCGAGGACAGGUGAUGAUCAAUGAGCAACUCUUAAGGGCCUUGUCUUUCCUCCGGGUGUACACCUUCAACUGCUUUUCGACGGGCUUGGACUGAUCUUGAACUGGACUGUGAGGACUAUCAAUAAUCAUCGGUAGAGGAAAUGGUUCAUCAUCAACGCCGAUAUUUUCUGCAUCGGCGAGCUUUCCAUACCAAACUGGCAUGGAAUACACAUUUUAUAGUAUAUCGAAGAUAUAUCACAAUAGUUAAUUUAUUGUGAUAUAUCGGCACUAGACUAAGUAGACUUGAGUUUUCUGUAUCAAAAACACGAUUUGUGGUAGAGAAAUCACUAUCAGAGAGGGAUUUUGAGCCAGAACUCCAAAAGUGAGAAAAAUUAAAAUUUCUUUUGAUAAAUUUGUUU